AUGUGGGUAUCAACAAAAAAAAUAUUUAGAAAUUACCUUAUGUAUUUUCAAUUUAUUAGUAGAAAUGAUUGGUAUGUUUUUAAUUUUACCAACAAGAAAGAAAUGUACUCAAAAGAAAUACAUAAAUCUUCAUUUGCUUCAAUUUAUUCGAGCAAUUUAAUGAUUGAAGUUGAAGAAUCAAAUGUUAUUGAAUUUUUGCAAAAUAUUAAAGAUACAAAUAAUAUAAAUUAUGAGUUUUAUCCAGAGAAAUGUAAUAUUAAAGUUGAUAUGAUAAUUACUUUAACCGAAGGUUUUCAUCCAUUUAAAUUGGAAUUAGAAUUGGAGUUAAAAGAUCCUGAUUACUUUUAUUUCCAUUUGACUUGUCCUCUUUUAAAAUUAAUUCAACUGUUAAAAAAAAAUCAAGAAAAUUUAUGUAAUUUAUUAAAAAGAAAAGAUAUAGAAAUUGGUGAAUACAUAUUAGAAGGAGGAACCAUUACUCAAAAAAAUAUUAAAACUGAGACGUAUGAAGAUUAUUUAAAUAAUCCUCUCCACAAAGAUUUAUCUGAUGAAAGCCUCAAUCUAUAUGAAUUAUAUUCAUCUCCUCUCAAUGAACCAUAUAAUACUAAAAAUCUUGAGGAGUACAUAGAGUUUAAUAACAAAGUCAAUGAAGAGGAAAAAGAAGCUCAAAAAAAAUAUUACUCAGACAAUAAAAAAUUGAAUUUGAGUUCAACUUCUAUGGACAAUAUAAUGACACAUACAUCAAAGGUUAAAAAGAAAAAAAUGUCAUCAUUAUUAAAAAACCUUUGAAAAAACUAUUAAAUAUAUAAUAAUU